AUGCCCUUUCAUUUGAUUAAGUGUCGUAAACAGCACCUGCUUUCCCCUUUGCAAACUUGCCCGUUUGACACUAAGCAUCUUGUUCCACAGCAAGAAAUGCCUUUUCACAUGUCCAUGUGUGAAGCUAAGGUAAUUCUUGGGCUUGACAUUGCCAACAAUAUAGCACAACAAGAGAGUUGGCAAGAAAAGUUGGAGGCUUGCCACCAAAUGCCAGAAACAUCUCUCCCUAUCAAAUCCCUUUCCUUUCUUUUUUUUUUUAUAUACUUUUUCUUCUUCUUUGUCGCCUCGUCCAGACGUCUCUGCUUACCCCUUUUUUUUUCUAACUCUGUAUAUUCUUUUUCCUCUCCUUCUCCCUCCGCUAUCGUUUCCUUUUUGUUUUCUCUUUUCUUCCUCUUUCCUCUCCUAUUUUUCUUUCCUUCAGUUACAUUUCUUUUUCUUUUCUAUCCGAUUCGUCAUCUUUCUUCACCCGACUUACAUUUCAUUUCAGGGGUUUCGUUAUGUAUUGUUUUUACUUUGCCGCCAUUUUGCAUGGUUUUCUUUUUUCUUCUCUCUCUCUCUCUCUCUCGUCUAUUUUCUUUUUCUUUCCUUUUCUUUAUAUUUCAAUCGCUUAUGUAUGGUCAGAGACUAACCUUUUACCCCAGUCUUUUAGCGGAUGAAGAAUUAUUAUUAUUGCAAGUAUGA